CCUGCCAUAUUGAGGUACAUGUGCUUUGUUUUAGAAAACAAUAGUAGAGAGGUAAAAAAAUAAUGAGGUUCACUAACUUGAAGAGGAAUGAGCUUGAUCAUGAUGUAAGACGCACACACUCUUGGGAGUGCGAAUGCAAUGGUUAGGAAAGUUUAGCAAGACUUUUUAUAGCAUCGGGGCUACUAUUUAGUUUCCUUCUAUACAUCUCUACAAGAUCCUCCUUCUCGACCUUCCCAUCCUCCAUCUUAGCGGCUCUUCUGAUAAGUGGGUUUAGACCUUUCAUGUCUUAAAACAUGCGAAAGAAACGUAUACGGCUGAGAAGAAAAACGGCAUGGCAUAGUGCGUCUAAAACCAGUUAUGCAAAUGUCUUACGUCGACACUUCCAUAGACCCAUGCGGCACUGUUUUCUUUUCCACCCUCCAUGAAUUAUGCGUAAAUUUCUUUUUGGCAGCCACCCUUCAGAUCCAUGCUACCAUAGCGUUACGCCACCAACUUGACAAAAAAAAAAAAUUUCGAGCCCACAAGCCCAAAGAAAAAAAAAAACACAGAAAAAAUGUGUUGGAGGCUUCUAAGCAUGGCUGUGUAUGUGAGGGAACUCGCAUUUAGUUUUUGAAUCCGAAAUAGUUAUCCAUCAGCCGUUGUGACUUUGAAGGAGAAUAGGUUAGAUGCGUUUCUGUUAGAAAGUUUUGGCUUUUCAAGCGUUUUCGCCUCUAGGUCUUAAACAAUCUUUCAAUUUUUCUUUAUCGCUUAUGCGAGUGUUUGUUCGAAUUAAUCAACACCCAAGAAAUAGCCCACCUCUGUUAUGAAUUAUACUUUCAUAAUGGUUGUGCAUUGUUUUUCUUUUGGAAGAAUAGUCAGUCGUUGACGGUGGACAGUGUUAGGCUUGCUAUUUCUAGUAGGGCCAAGACGUGGCACACGCUGCAAUUAUUGAUGAGAUGGAUGUUGAAUAAAGAGAAGGAGAAGGGCUCAUGUGCGUUUAGCAACGAAUACUCAUCAUUUCGUUUAUAUUACGACCAGUCUCUGCAAUCAUCUGGCCACUCGAUUUCUUUUGGCUACUUUUGCUAUUUGACCUCGGAGUCCAGAGUUCUUUUUUUCUUCUGUCGUAAUGAAUGUAUUUUGUAAAACCUUGUUCUCUCUGACAUUCAACUGGUGGAGUUAAGAAUGAUCAGUGCCUUUAGAAUCUCCUUUUCUUCAAUUAUUGCCAUGGUCAUUGUGGGCAUCAUCUUGCAUAAGGUGAGUCGCCAAUCACCUCCAGACAACAGCCUCCCGCCAAUCAACCACUAAACAACAAAAUAGAUACAUCCUUGACCGGCUUGUUGAAGAAAUAGGAAUCAAAAGGCAUUUUGCAUAUGUUUUGAUGUCCUCCCCUUUAAAGGAAUUAUACACAAUAUUUACUGAGCAGUGAAUGGGGAUGGGACACCGGGUUUAGAAUUGGCUUAGGUGUAACUAGACAUGUGUAUUUUAUUUUUUUAUUUUUUUAUUUUUUGCUUACGCAUUGCAAAGCGUUUUCUCUAUUCUGGGCGCUUCUUGAGGUCUGCUUUCAUCGAGCCAACUAUAGACAUUUAUCAGUUUUACAGUAAACCAUGACUUGAGCAAAUUCGUUACCGUACGUUCUUGCGAAAAAAAAACUAGAGAUUACAGUGUUUCAAAAAGCGUAAAAUUCGAUAAGAACAAACGCGGUUUUCCUUGUUUGUUGAUUUCUGCAAUAUUGUCUUUAUAUAGGCAAUUCAAACGAAAAUUGAAAUAGGCGAUUAAGAAUCCAACAUUGAGGUCUUAAAGGUGCGGUGAUGAAUGAGUUAGGCGCACCUGAAACUUUCGUUCCACAUCUCCCUUCUUUUUGGCGUCGUAUGUAUUUCCUGUGCGUUAGUUUUGUUUAUUCUUUUGCGGUUUCUGAUUUGAGAAACACUGCUAGCUCUCGUUUGCUUCUAUUCUUUGCUUCUAUUUUUCUAAUUCAUUGUUUCAUAACGAGUUGCCUUUAAAUACUUCUUAGACAAGUAUUGUUUUAGAAAAUCGCUCUAGAAUGCCUGCUCCCUUUGUUUAAUCGCUUCUUUCAGUUAAACUUUAUUCACGUUGCGAAAUUGCAAACCUAUUUGUAUUCAACCGUAAAAUGUUUUUUAAGGUGUGUUUACUAGUUUUGACCAAACGUUAAAAUCAUGGUAGUAAAUGUGUCCUACUUACCAUUUCAUACCUGGCAAGCAUAGAUUAGCACUUGUUCAAAUGUUAGGUCUCAUAUCUGCUCCAUCAAUUGUUUUAGAAGGUAUCUGAUAUCCAAAAGCACUAUCAUAUCAUUCACCUUCGUUAGUACGAGAAAGAAAGCUUUAUUUUUAUGUCUAUUGUAUCAGUGAAGUGAGCCAACAAAACUUCCUUGACCUGCGUGAAAGUUUAAGGAGGUCAUCUGGCGAAAGUUGAUUUCACUUCCGCGUAGGAGGAAGAAGUUGUCGAUGUUGACAGGACAGUGGCUUUAAGGCGAUGGUGUAGGGAAGGAGAAAAUUGCCUGCUACCUUACAAACAUCGUUAUGUGCAGUGUACAUACUUGAUUGACUUGUUUUGAUAUGGGGCGUCAAUCUUCUUACCGAAUGGAACGAGCUUCCCACAAAACACAUGAUGAAUCAAGCGAUUCAUUGAACAUGAAGCCUGUAAUUUUCUUUUGCAAUAAUAACACUUUUUGAGUGGGAAUGGAAGAGGCAAGCCUCCAAACCUUUUUAUUUUCUAACAAAAAUAAAACUUUCACUAAAUCGCUCUGUUUGUUUUUCUCCUAGAAUAUAAAUGGGUGCCUCUUCCGCGUACAAGUUCUAGCUUACUUUACCUGCAGAAACUUAGAAAAUAUUGAUAAGAUAUAUUGAGCCAUACUGGAAAAUGAAUUGGCGGCCAUUCACUUUGAAAAACAUGAUCGCCAAAGCCAAAGAAAGACCGUCAUUUGGUGUUGUGACUUAUUUGCCUUUAACUGGCGUCUCACCGAAACGGAUGUGAAGUUUGGACAUCGAUCCUUCCGCUACCAGUGGCGGAAAAAGUGAUAGUUCCCUUAUUCGUUAUGUGCAUGCUCAGCAUACGAAAUGAGAGAGGUUGAGGAAGAAUUGAUUUUUAACGAAAACAUUUUUUUAUCUCAUUGGAUUUCUUUUUUAAACUCUCACUCUUUUACCUUGGUCUGGGGAUUCGAGACGAUCGUAAAUUUGUAUUGAAGAAAGCCUAUCGGUGAAUCCUGGCUUUACAUCGCUGUCACCAGGCCGACCUUUGCUUGCGAAAUACGUUAAUAUUUGCAUACGGUGCAGACUACGUGCAGAAGGUCGUGUAGCAAAGAAUCCUUUCACUUUUGUAGCAGCCCUGCAACGUUAAAAGCAGUUUUCACCUUCCCUGCAGAUUUACAUGUUGUUAAAGCUAUUCAUGUUGAGCUAGGGAUGAGCAAGAUCAUUCAAUCAACAGGGAAGCGGUUGCGAAAGUUGUACAACCAAAUGUUGUUCCAUACUGUUUGCAACUCUCUACUCUGAAUAAGGAAUGAUCCAAAGUUGGAUAAAAUCCGAGAAGAAAACCAUGCCUGUCAGCUUAGUGAGGGAUGACUUUCUAUUCAUUGACUGUAUAAACCUGAUGCUUCAUCAACUAGAACUGUAUUUGUAAUAAAUUUAGCCGUGCAUUUGCUCUAAAGGUUGAGAAUUUGCGAAUUAGUCUGCACUUGUAAUCACGAGAAAAGUUCUAAUAGUUCUCGUUUCCUUUUUUAAAUUUAUUUUUCAGCGUGAAACGGAAGUGAUUAUAUUUCUGUUUGUUCAAUGCAUGGAAAGUUUUUUUUUAGUUCCCCCUUCUGUCUAGCGAAAGUUUCACUGCUAGUGACGAAAUUAAAGAGGGAGGAAAAUGUUGGAGCCAGCGCCGAGUGAUGAAGGGUAUGAUAAUAUGAAUCACUUCUGUAGUUUUUUUCCUGGUUUAUGCUCCAUAUUUAAGGUGACAGCAAGCUUUAGUUCAACAGAAACAUUGUUCCUACUGAUCUGGUUUGUUCUCUUCCAAGGCUCCACUUCCAUACAACAGUCAUGAAUCAUUCAUACACGCUAUUAGUUGUGAUGCUAAUAGUCCACUAUGGUUCUUCCGCCCCUGCCCCUCAAUCUGGCUCAACAAGUAACGUUGGCUCGGGACUCACAAACUUGAAUUCCAAUUUACUGGGUUCCAGCACCAAUCCAGGCCUUUUGAACGGUGGAUUAGGCACAGGACUCGGAUUCAAUGGACUAAAUUCUUUCGGCGGUGGAUUUGGAAACGGCCUAGGAGGAUUUGGUUCCGGUCUUGGAACAGGAAUUGGAGGAUUCGGAUCUGGACUUGGAGGAUUUGGAUCCGGACUUGGUGGCUUUGGCUCCGGACUUGGUGGCAUUGGCUCCGGACUUGGAGGAUUCGGAUCAGGGAUCGGAGGCUUUGGGACGGGACUUGGAGGAGGUCUAGGAGGAUUCGGAUCAGGGAUCGGAGGCUUUGGGACGGGACUUGGAGGAGGUCUAGGAGGAUUUGGAUCAGGAAUUGGCGGCUUUGGAACUGGACUUGGAGGUUUCGGAUCGGGGUUGGGGGGAAUCGGUGGCAGUCUAGGAGGAUUUGGAUCAGGAAUUGGCGGCUUCGGAACAGGACUUGGAGGAAUCGGAGGGGGUCUAGGAGGUUUCGGAUCAGGCAUUGGUGGCCUUGGAACAGGCCUUGGUGGACUGGGUGGAGGUUUUGGAGGAAUCGGCUCCGGUUUGAGUGGUUUUGGAUUGGGAAACGGAUUGGGUGGCUUCAACAGUUUCGGUAUUGGGGGCCUUAAUGGGUUGGGAUUCGGCAACGGCCUCCUCAACGGUGGGGGACUAGGAGGCAUUGGAUCCCUUAGCAGUUUUGGAGGAAAUGGUUUACUGGGCACGGGCAGUCUCCUUAAUAGUGGACUGCUUGGCACCACUGGCCUUAACAAUGGGCUAGGAACUGUUGGUUCUAAUUUCGGCCUCGGCAGUGGUCUCGGAUUGGGAUCCAGCUUCGGGACUGGCUUCGGCUUGGGAAACCUUGGUGGUGGCAGCUUUAGAAGCCUCCCCGACCUCAAGUAGAUCGUUACAAGAGUCGAACGGCGCCCUUGGUAAACCUAAUGAAUGGAGGCUCUACUUUAACGUCUUCUGAUCAACAUGUCAAUAAUCUAGUUAAUCGCAUCCGUGCAAUCCAACAAGAAUUCGCGACAAAUGCUUCGUCUUCUUCCAGAUCUACAUCUUCUUUUGGCGAUAUCCGAUCUUUCGAUCCCACGAAUGACAAGGAUGUGUAACCAUCAUAUUUCUCAGAUAUAUUUCUUCUACUACUCUCAUAUUCGGCGUAUAAGUCGUGGCCAAUUUUUUUUCUGUUGAGUUAUGGUAAAGUUUCUUUUUGUUAUGUUACUCAUUCAAGUGUGUAACUGCGUAUUUUGUUUAGAAAUAAAUCAUGUUAUUGGCUCCCCACAA